GUUGCCUCUCUUACAUCUCUAAUGUUGUGAAUAGAAGAGCGGGAUAGAUGGAAAAAUAACACAUUUCUUCACGGAAAAAUUCAAUUUCACACCAUUACCCACGACAGUCAAACCAACCCCCCCCCUUCAAAAAGAUGGAAGACAAGCUGAAUGGAUCACUGCCUGUUGUCUCCCCGGAGUAUCUUCAUCAGUGGGUCCAGUCGGCCCAGCAGUUUCACGCUCUCCAGGCUCAACAUUCAAACUACAACCCCAACCAUCAGUAUCAGUACUCUGAGCAUCAGGGGGGAGAGUCGGCCAUGGCACACAUGGAUCAUCUGGAGCCCAUGAUGGACCAUAUGGAACCUGCAAACCUAACAAAACCCGCAGCCAAAAAGAGAGGCAGAGCAGCUCAACCCAAGGAACCCAAACCACCCAAACCACCAAAAGUCCCUAAAGCACCAAAACCACCUAAAGACCCAAAUGCACCUAAAGCCAAACCAGGUCCUAAGCCCAAGAAGGGCGCAGAGGCUCAGGGAGACGGCAAGCAGGAGAAGAUCGACGAGACCUUCAAGAAGGUGAAGAGGAAAGUGGAUCGCUUCAAGGGAAUGUCGGAGGAGGAAGUCAUGACGAGAACUCUCCCAGACCUGCUGGAAUACAAUCUAGACUAUGUCAUUAUCGGUAUCAAUCCAGGCUUGAUGGCAGCUUACAUUGGACGAUGGUUUCCAGGUCCUGGAAAUCACUUUUGGAAGUGCCUGUUUCUGUCUGGUUUUACUGAAGAGCAGCUCAACCACAUGUCUGACACUACUCUGCCUGUUAAGUACAAAAUGGGCUUCACCAACAUGGUGGCCCGGGCGACACCGGGGAGCAAAGACCUUUCGAGUAAAGAGUUGCGUGAAGGAGGACUAAUUCUUGUAGAGAAGCUGAAGAAAUACAAACCUCUUAUUGCUGUUUUCAAUGGAAAAUGCAUAUACGAAAUGUUCUGCAGAGAGCUGUUUGGUAAAAAACCAAAGAAGCUUGAUUUUGGUUUGCAGCCGCACAAGGUCGAAAACUGUGACGUGGCUUUGUAUCUGAUGCCUUCAUCCAGCGCUCGUUGCGCUCAGUUCCCUCGUGCUCAGGACAAAGUUCACUUCUACAUCAAACUGAGGGAGCUCAGAGAUCAAUUGCGAGGCGUUCAAAAACCCACUGAAAUCGAGGAGGUUGACUACAAAUUUAACCUGCAGUUGGCCAAGGAGGACGCCAAGAGGAUGGCGAUUAAGGAGGAGCAGUACGAUCCUGGUUAUGAAGACGCUUACGGUGGAGCGUAUGCAGAAAGAGGACCUGAAGGGGCCCCAACUGAAGGCCAAACCAACGGCCACUGUACAUUUUCAUCUGGUGAAAACACAGAAGCAGAAGCACAGCAGGCGUCCACGUCGCUGUUAGCAGAGGUUCAGCUCCCAGACGGACAGUGGAUGACUCAGUCUUUCGCAGACCAGAUACCAGACAUCAGCGGUGGACCAAAGGACGCCAGUAUAUGAGGAAACUUCAGCGUCCCUGCCUGCAUGACUGGUUCAGUGCGGACCUGCACAGACUUCAUCCAACUCUGUUCUCCACCUCUUCUGUCGGGCUUUAGAUGAUUUUUUCCUUUUUAGUAGUGUCGGAGUGGAAUAUACACACAUAGAUGGACUUUUCUAGCAAUUUCUGCAGAAUGUAAUCUCUGCAGUUUAUUUUAUUUGUGAUCUUGUAUACAUGUAUGAUUAUCUUCACGGCAGUCUUUUUAAAUAUGUGAAAUCAGGGACUUAACAAUGAUACUUCACUGUCCUUGGAGAAAGUUGUAUUUUAAACGUUUGUUUUGCCUUUGUACUGUAUAAUACUGCACAGUGAUGCAGUAAGAGUAACACAUUCAUGUCUACUGCUCUGACAGUAGAUACAACUCCAGAUGAUUAUUUUAAAAGCUUGAUUGCUCAGUCUGAGCCUACGUCAUCCUCAAUGUUAGGAUUUUUUAGCUAGCAUUAAUGUUACAUUCAUGGUGCUAUGAAGUGACCACGAUGCAAAGUGAUCACUCGAUGAAAACACACUCAUGUUGGGUGUUCAGAGAGGAGGAAUCUCUGACAAGCCUUUCAAUAUCCUGUUACAAAAAUCAAAUGGGUUUUAUUUUAAUCUUAUUUUUUUGCGUUAGGGAUUUUAGAAUUACGUUUUUCAAUGUUUAUGAAAAUGUCAUUCACAAGGAAUUUUAUGAAACAUUUGUCCAUUAAAAUGUCCUGAUGAUGCUUUU